AUGCGUGCUUCAUUGCUCCUUGCCGCAUUGGCUCCCGCUGCAUCAAUUGCCAGUACAUGCGAACCAAGCUUCUUCGCGCCUUAUCUCACUAGCAAUGUCAGCAUCGUAUACGCUCGCACUUUCACCUCCACGGAAACCUUUGAGGGGCCUUUGGGAAACUACACAGACCUGCCUGAAUACUGCGCACUCUACGUGAACGUCAGCUCAUCCACUACAUCCUCCUACGAAUUCGGCCUUUGGCUCCCAACAGAAACAUGGAAUAAACGCUACAUGGCCUACGGAAAUGGUGGAUUUACUGGCCAAGUUGCGUUUGCCGAUAUGGCACCUGGGUUGAACUACGGCUUCGCAGUCAUUUCAACAAACACCGGGCAUAACUCCUCCGUGAAAGAGGCUGGUGAUGCUGGGUGGGCAUUGAAUAACCCCGAAACAAGAACAGACUGGGGCUGGCGUGCUCUCCAUGGCAGUGUUGCUCUGGGAAAGAUUUUAACAGAAGCAUUCUACAAUGACAAUAUUGAGUACUCGUACUACGCCGGCUGUUCCACUGGCGGUCGCCAGGGGUUGAAAGAGGUCCAGAUGUUCCCCGAUGACUUCGAUGGUGUUCUGGCAGGGGCAUGUGCUUGGUGGACAUCUCAUCAGCAAAAUUGGGACCUAAAGCUGGCAUUGGAUAACUUGCCGAACAACGCCUCUCACCAUGUUACUACCGAAUUGAUGGAUGUCCUGGCCACUGAAGUGCUUCGACAGUGUGAUGGACAGGAUGGUGUGAAGGACAACAUUAUAAUGGAUGGUUAUGCUUGUCAACUUCGGCUCGAGGCAUUGCUUUGCAGCAGCCCCAGAGCCAACGCCAGUACCUGCUUCAGCGCUGAUCAGCUUGACACGAUCUAUCGAGUCUACAAUGAUUGGGUUGAUAUCAAUCAGACAUUCAUUUUCCCCUCCUUUGCUUGGGGGUCAGAAGCUCAAGUUUCUCUGAUGAUCAUCACAGACGACGAUUCUGUAGAUGAGCCUAGUGGAAUUGCGUAUCCUCGUGACUUUGUGUACAACGAUGCCAGCUGGCCCGCAGAAAAUCUGGAUUACGCUACGAUACAACUUUCUGACCUCCUGGACCCGGGAAAUGCUACCGCAGAUACAUAUGACCUGCGCCCAUUCUACCAACGUGGCGGCAAGUUGAUUCAUUACCAUGGAUUCGCUGAUGGGGAGAUCCCAACCGGAUCCAGCAUUCACUACUACCAGCAGGUUGAGAAAACUAUGAUCCCGCUAGGUUAUGAUUUGGAUGAUUUCUAUCGUUUCUUCCUCAUUCCUGGCAUGCAACACUGCUCGGGCUCAGUGCAUGGCGCUCCCUGGUAUAUUGGAUCCGCCAACCAACCCUCUGCUUUAACAGGAAGUAACGUGUGGGGUGUGCCUGGCUUCCGGGAUAGAAAGCAUGAUGCUAUUAUGGCUCUGAUGGCAUGGGUCGAAAAUGGUACUGCUCCUACCGAGCUGAUUGCUACCAAGUAUGUCGAUGAUACCCCCGCGCUUGGUGUCCAGGCACAACGCAGAACAUGUCCAUAUCCCCAGCGCGCGACGUACGUUGGCGGAGAUUGGAACCAGACAUCCUCCUUCAAGUGUGAGUAA